CAAGAGCUGACCAAGUCAUAUGAAGCUAGCAUUAGAUAGUUACAAAAAUAUUUAUCAUCUUCUAAAAGAAAAGUGUCGAAAGUAGAGUCAAGCAUGGUUGAGGCACUAGCAGCUACGAACUCAGAGGUAGAAAGAAGCACUUGUCAGCACAAUGGAUGCCUUGAAAAACCAGGCUGCUCUGAACGAAGGAAAAUUGUCGUCCCUUCAGGUGGAAUGUACAUCUCUGGAUCAAGAGUUGCAAGAUAUGGAAGUUCGUGCUCGCAGAGGGCAAACGAAAUCUCCGGAUGAACCAAACCAAGUGACACAUAUUCAAGCAUGGCAGGGUGAAGUGGACAGUGCUCGACAAGCUCAGAGAGAUGCCGAGAAGAAACUUGCUUCAAUGGAGGCUGGAAUGCUCAACAAGUGAGGGUUGAAAUGGUAGCCAUGAAGAGGGAUGCAGAACAUUACGGAUUAGUUCCUCAGCCGAGGCCCAAGAAGUUGGGGAUUCAAUGGUCAGACCAUGACGGGUUACGCACGGAAAGCAAUGAA